AUAUCAGGAGCCCAUAAAUAUUUAUGGCUCCUGAUACUAUAAAUAAGCAGGUCACUGUUUGUCUCCCACAUGCCUGCAUGCUAUAGAUAUAGCCUAGAAAAUGGAUUGGAAGUUGCUCUUGCUGUUCCUAUCUAUCUGGAUUGCUCCCACACUUUCUGAGGACCCAGCCCCAGCCAGCUUUAAAACUGGCCACUUUGUCAUUCAUUUCGACCCGACCAACCUGCCAACCCUCACUGUGACUCCUACUGGAGAAGACCAACCUGUUUGGAGCUCUCCAAAGAGCAGCAAUAAAUUUAUCACAGCUGCUAAAGUAAACGACUCGGUAUUGCAAAUAGGUGGCAACUUUAUCUUCUCGGAUGCACCCCCUGAGGCAGUCUGUUCAGAAGCAGUGAUUGCCGAAGUUAAGAGCUCUGAUUCGCCACCAGCUGUUUAUCUUCAGGGGAUGUUGUGCGGUAAAGUGGGUUUCGUUGUUCAGCUUGGAGAAAUAAAUGACAAUUCGUUAUUUUUCUCUGUUACCAUGACAAAAAAUGACUACUAUAAUCAGAUCAGGCUAUCGUAUGCGUGUGAGGAGGACGAGCAGUUCUAUGGCUUUGGGGUCCAGUAUUCUGUGUUUAAUAUGAAGGGGCGGAGACUCCCUGUGUUCCUGUCUGAGCAGGGGGUGGGCCGGGGACUGGAACCAUUCACCACCAUUCUGGACACCCUGUCACCAGGAGCAGGUGGGUCCUGGCACACCACCUACACGUACGUGCCCCAGUAUGUGACAAGUCAUAGUCACGGUCUGAUGCUCACCUCCCUCGACUACACAGUGUUCGAUCUGACGGUCAACGACACUGUUACGAUAGAACUCACUGGCCAUGCAAUAACAGGGCAAAUAAUAACUGGCAAGUCCAUUCUCGAUCUGCUCACAACGUACACGUCUGUACCUUCGGUGGGUCGACUGAAGCCCCUCCCCAAGUGGGUGGGUCAGGGGGCAGUCCUGGGACUGCAGGGUGGUACAGAUGCAGUAUACAAGACACUGGCACAGGUGGAGACCCAGUGGGGUAACCUUAGUGACGUAGUGGGGGUGUGGCUGCAGGACUGGACGGGACAGAGAGUGUUUAGUGGUCCGAAAGAUCUCCCGAGAACUGGACUGUGGUGGAACUGGGAGGUUGACAGUAGCCACUAUCCCAAGUGGACCGAGUUGAUAGGUGACCUCCUCUCGAAGGGUAUUCGCACUCUCACUUACAUCAACCCUCUGUUCAGCAACGUCACUCAGAGAGGGACCCCCUUCACACACAACUACUUGGAAGAGGGACUCAAGAACGACUACUUUAUUAAACUGGAGGAUGGGAGCGUUUGGUCGGGCUAUGGCAACAGCUGUAUGGCAGACCUCUCACCACCGGGGCCGGCCUAUGAGUGGAUGAUAAACAUCAUUAUCAAGAACAUGCUUGAGACUGGAGUGUGUGGGUGGAUGUGUGACUUUGGUGAGAGCUUGCCCCUGAACUACAAAAUUUCCUAUGAUGUCCCCGGCCCAGUGUACCACUCCCUCUAUCCUUUCCUAUGGGCGGGCAUUAAUUCUGAAGCCAUCGAACGAGCCAGUCAAUUUCUAAACAAUGACGAAACUCUUUGUAAUUCCGACGAUGUCAUCUUCUUCAUGCGUAGUGGUUACAUGGGGAGCCCAAAUGUAACCCGUGGGUUUUGGCUGGGGGAUCAGAUGGUAUUAUGGGACUCGUUUGAUGGGCUUGGUACCGUGGUGAUAGGGAUGCUGACUGGAGGGCUCUCUGGCUAUACCAGUACUCAUUCUGAUAUUGGAGGCUACACUGCCAUUGACCAGGCACCAUUCAAAUAUGUUCGGACCAAGGAGUUGUUCAUCCGCUGGUGUGAGUUGGCUGCCUUCACCACGAUGUAUCGCUCCCACCUCGGUACCCUACCAGAGAAAAACUGGCAGUUCAACUCUGACAACGACACUCUCCAACACUUCUUCAAAAUGGCCGUUGUCUUCCAGAGCUGGAGCUUCUACCGUCAGCAACUCAUGGACGAGGCCUUCGAGAAGGGAUGGCCAGUUGCUAGGCAUAUGAUGCUCGUAUUUCCUAGCAACCCUAAAGUGUUUGAGAUGUCGGAGGAGCUAAAAUAUCAGUUCAUGCUCGGUACAGAGUUGUUAGUGGCACCAGUGUUACAGGCUUUUGAUUCGACUACUCUUGUACCGUUCGUGAGGGUGUUCUUACCAGCUGGCACUGAGUGGGUGCAUGUGUGGACCAGCACCGUCUAUCAUGGGGCAGACCAGUUUGUGUCCAUUAACACGCCUCAGGGCAAGCCGUGUGUGCUCUAUGUGAGUGGAUCGCAAGUGGGCAAGCAGUUUGUGGACAACUUAAAAAAGAGACACAUUUUAUAAAUUCGUUUUCUGUGUGGUACGAUAAGGUAGAAUGGCUAAACAAUCCAGUGUAGGACGUUGUUAGUUGAAUAGGCCUAUUACACAGCAAGAACAAUAAAACGAUGUAGUACAAUGUAGUAAUAUUAUAGUCAUAAACGUAUUGUCUGUGAA